AUGCAUCAGAUUGAACAGAACGUCACGAUAAAGGAAAAAUACCCGGUGCUAUUGACAACAAUCAGUGACUCAACUAGUGAGGAGAGCAAAAAGACAUUGAGUGAAUAUGUGGUGACAGAGGCUCAAUGUCAUAACCUAGAGAAGGCCACCAGGAACCAGGCAGUUAGCCCUUUGUGGUACCAACAUAGGAUGGGCAGGAUAACUGCAUCCAAGGCACAUGAUGUUCUAGUAAGAAAGGACACCACAUCCCCAGACAACCUGGUUAAGAGAAUCAUGGGAUACUCAACGUAUGAUCUUUCCAAAAAAGACUCUGUGAGAUGGGGUAUAGAAAAUGAAGACGAGUGCAGACUUUUGUACACCAAACACUCUGCUCAUCAACACAUUGAAUUCCACUGUGAGGAGUCGGGAUUUAACAUCAAUCCUAAACACCCAUUUCUCGGAGCCAGUCCUGAUGGAAUUAUUAACUGUCAGUGUUGUGGAAAGGGAACACUGGAAAUCAAGUGCCCAUUCAAACACAGGAACUCUACUGUGCAGACUGCUGCUGCAACUGACAAAGACUUUUGCCUGGAUUCCAGCCUGCACCUGAAAACAACACACAGGUAUUAUACACAAGUCCAAUUUCAAAUGGCUAUUUGUGGUUACACAUAUUGUGAUUUUGUGGUGUACACAAAGUGUAAACCUGCGCCAAGCAUGGUUAUUGUGCGUGUUCCGAUUGACAUUAACUUUUGUAAGAAUGUUGUGGGAAAAUGUGAACUGUUCAUGAAAAAGCAUGUUCAACAGGAACUGAUAACCCGCCAACUGGAAAGCGUGAUUUCACGUGCUACAGCUGAUACUCCUCUCAACAACGAAGACACCUGGUGUUUAUGUUCUGAACCAGAAUACGGGAGGAUGAUCAAGUGUGACAGUAAUGACUGUCCCUACCAGUGGUUCCACUACAAAUGUGUAAAUAUUCGUAGAAAGCCAAGAGGGAAAUGGUUCUGUACAUCAUGUGACAGUUAAAGUUUCAGAACUGUGUGGAGCUUUAAAUCAUAGGCUUGAAUGUGAACUGAAUAUUGAACUCUUAGUAACAAGUUAUUAAAUUGAAAGUGUGAAAUUGA